AAACCCCAGAAAGAAAGUAUAUUUGUUGGAACAAUUUAUUGUCCAAAGCGUUACGUUUGGCAUCCUUUAAGAAUCUGUUGCUUAGAAACUGAAGCUGAAGUUGAGCAAUUAAAGUACAGAUACGAAUUAAACAAAAAAAAAGUCUUUAAAACCGCAAGGAAUUGAUUUCCACUGAGACAAAAAAAAGGUUGGACUUUUAGUUUGGUUUUGCCAUGGCGUUUUUUUCCAUGAUUUGUUGCGGGAAGGGCGUCGAUCGGAAGAAGAAGGAGAAGCAGCAGCCGACAUGGAGGAUAUUUUCGUUGAAGGAAUUGCAUUCAGCUACCAAUAACUUCAAUUAUGAUAACAAGCUUGGAGAAGGGGGUUUUGGCAGUGUCUAUUGGGGUCAGCUAUGGGAUGGAUCACAGAUAGCAGUUAAGAGGUUGAAGGUGUGGAGCAAUAAAGCAGAAGUGCAGUUUUCGGUUGAGGUUGAGAUAUUGGCAAGGGUUCGACACAAGAAUCUACUGAGUUUGAGGGGCUAUUGUGCCGAAGGGCAAGAACGCCUGAUUGUAUAUGACUACUUGCCCAACAUGAGUUUGCUUUCACAUCUUCAUGGACAUCAUUCAGCAGAAUGUCUUCGUGAUUGGACCAGAAGGAUGAAUAUUGCAAUUGGCUCUGCUGAAGGAAUAGCCUAUCUUCACCAUCAUUCAACCCCACACAUCAUCCAUAGAGACAUCAAAGCUAGUAAUGUGUUGCUAGAUUCAGAUUUCCAGCCUCAGGUUGCGGAUUUUGGGUUUGGAAAGCUCAUCCCUGACGGUGCAACACAUGUGACUACUCGAGUCAAAGGUACCCUUGGGUACCUUGCCCCUGAAUAUGUUGCAUUAGGAAAAGCCUCAGAGAGUUGUGAUGUGUACAGUUUUGGCAUUCUUUUGCUAGAACUUGCCAGUGGUAAGAAAUCCCUAGAGAAAGUGAGUGCAACGGCAAAACGCCCGAUUGCAGAAUGGGCUCUCCCACUAGCUUCCGAGGGGAAGUUCAGUGAAGUGGCAGAUCCGAGGUUGAAUGGUAAGUAUGUGGAAGAGGAGUUCAAAAGAGUUGUCCUCGUUGCACUUGUUUGUGCUGAUAACCGGCCUGAGAAAAGACCUACCAUGCUUGAAGUUGUCGAGCUGCUCAAAGGAGAGUCCAAACAGAAAUUAAGUGAACUAGAAAAUAAUGAACUGUUCAAGAACCCACAGUUCUUUGUUUGUAAUGAUGAGACACCGGGCAGCGAAGAGAGCUCAGACGUAAUCAAGGAAGAGAAGGAUCCUGCACUGGCGAAAGAGAAAGAGACAGGGCAGGAGAGCCCUCAAGAUGGUUAACGCCAUGGACAAAAUUGAAGAAUUAGAUGUCAAAAUUUGUAUCUUUGAUAUUAUAAAUAUAUAUUAUGUGUUUCUUUUGCUUUCUUAUUUUCUACUCAUAAAAGGUGGCAAUGGCAGCCCAUUGUUAGAAUCUCCAAUGCCAGCCAACAUAAUCCGUGUUGUAAAUUGGAAGCAUGUUUUUACAAGUUGUGUGUUAUCUGGGGGGCAACUUUUCUGUUCUUGUAAUCCUGUUUUCAUAUAAAUAUUUGGUGGAUAGCCGGUUUGUCAUUU